CUCUUUCUCUCUUUUUGUCUUUUUAUAUAUAUAUCUUAUUUUAUAUUCUAUAUUUAUGGGUUCCAGUCAAUCGAAACGUCUUAAGGAACCUUCUAUUUCUUCUUCUUCUUCUCAUAGACGAUCGGUAGCUCCUGGUAGUUCUACUCCUACUUCUACAUCAUCGAAUAAUUAUCGAACAACUUCUGCUAUCAAAUCAAGAUCAUCCUUUAUUCGUCCUUCUACUUCAAAUACAACUAACAAUACUUUAUCUUCUAGUUGUUCAAAACAACAACAAUUACAACUUCAACAGCAACAGUCAUCCUCAUCAACCCAUUCUUUAACACGACCUCCUAUCUUUACUGGUCUCCAGUCCAAUAGUUUCUUUUUACCAAAGAAUUGGCAGGCAGAAGAUGCUGAUCAUAAUCUUCAUUUUGCUCUGAAACAACUUUUUGCUUCGAAUGUAUUAUCAUUAGCUUUACCAAAAUUCAUCAAGAAUGCUUGUAUUAUUGAACUUGGAUGUCAUCGUGGAUCAUGGAUUUUGGAUAUGGCUACUCAAUUCCCAGAAUGUCAAUUUAUCGGAUUUGAUACCAAUUUGGAACGGUUACCGGAUGGAUUACCAGUUCUCCCGAAUGUUAGCUUCCAAGUCGGUAAUGUGGCGAAUGGUAGACUACCUUUAGAAGAUGAAUCUGUAGAUGUAGUGAAUUUGCGGGCUCAAAAUUCAUUUAUGGAUCAUCAUGCUUGGCGUCGUACUUUUGAAGAAGCGCAUCGUGUAUUAAAACCAGGUGGACUUAUUCAUAUUAUAGAAUACAAUUACAAACCGUCAGGGUCUGUAUUGAUUGAAUCAUUCACAGAAACAGUUCGGGGCAUUAUGGUGUCAUUGAAUCGUGACACAGAUCGGGCAACCAAACUUGGUGCACAACUUUCAAGCUUCGGGUUCCAGGUGAUUCAAUCCAUAUCUAAGAAAGUUCAUUACGGAUCAGGUGAAAAAUUGGGCGAAACAUUCACAGGAGUCAGCUUGCAUCGUUUUGAAGAAAUGUCAUCCAUUUUGGCACCAGCCAUGGGACUCUCUUUGGAUGAUUAUCGGCAUCGCGUGGAAAUGGUUGUAGCUCAGUGCGUCAAUACAAAUAGUUUUCUGACUUGGUAUGCCUAUCUUGCCAGAAAAGUGUCUUCUACCUCUCCUCCUUCUGCUGGAUUCCAAGUAUAGACUAGUUUUUUAGUAUAUCCGAUUCCUUUUUUUUUUUUUAGUUGAUGCAUACAUGUACAUUUAUAUAUAUAUUAUGUAUGUAUAUAUAUUAGUUUCCCUUCUUAUUAUCACAUACAUACUCACACACGCACACACACACGCACACACACACACACAUACAUAUAUAUAUAUAUACGUAUAUAUAUGUAUAUAUUCUCUCUCUCUCGUCUUUCUCUUUCCCUCUCUCUCUCUCUCUGUCUUGUUGAAGUUUGGCCUAUAUUUCAUCAUUCCCAUUUACUUUUAUAUAGUCAUGCUGUUAGUUUGCCUUUUUUUUUUGGACAUUUUGUGUAGUAUAAUAUGUAAUAAAAAACAUUCUAAAUUAUCCCUCUUCAAAAAAAAAAUCCAUGAUGAUGAC